CCUAUUAGCCCAUCCCGAAGACAGAGGAGGCGCUGCAGGGCAGGCGCACUCAUGCCGCCGCCGCUUGAUGGCCGACGCCGCCGCAUCACCGUCCCCUCCCUUGCAGCUUCUUGCCGUCCCAAUCAACACUCGUCGAUCCCCUCGACCCCGGCCGGACGGGAUGGUCAGGUCGCCGGCAACCCCCACCCCGACCCCCAGGUCGCCGGCUGCCCCAAACCCGACCUCCAGCUCGCCGGCUGCCCCAAACCCGAUCUCCAGCUCGGCGGCUGCCCCAAACCAGACCCCCAGCUCGGCGGCUGCAGAUCUUGAGGAGCACAAGGGUACUGGUGAGCUCUUGCGUGCCAUAAAAAUUGAGAAGGCUAAUGGCCCGGAUCUUGAGGAGCACAAGGCUGCUAGUGAGCUCCAUGUGGAACCACCAAAGUGCAAGAAAAGGAAGCGAAGUAGGUAGAGUAGCAGCGAGCUUCAUGCAGAACACCAACAAACAAACAAAGUCGUCAUGAAGCCGCCGACGUCCAAGAAAAAGAGGAAGGCAAGUGAAGGAAUGUGCACUAAUCCACCGGCACCGUUGCUUGGACCUUUGGCCGUUGACAUGGAUAAGCAGGCACCACCAUUAAAGAAGAAAAGGCUUAAUAAGAGAGAUGCUGCAACUAUACCAUCAUCCGGAUCUUUGCCCAUUGACAAGGAUAGGCAGCAAUCACCUCGAUCUUUGCCUGUUGACAAGGAUAAGCAGCCUUUCUUGUUUCCCAGAGAGAUGCUGCAACUAUACCAUCAUCCGGAUCUUUGCCCAUUGACAAGGAUAGGCAGCCAUCACCUCGAUCUUUGCCUGUUGACAAGGAUAAGCAGCCUUCACCUGGAUCUUUGCCCCUUGACAAUAAUAAGCAGCCAUCAUCUGGAUCUUUGCUCGUUGACAAGAAUAAGCAUCCAUCACUAUCCAAAAAAGUGGUAAGGUCUCCAGUCCUUAACAAUGUCGUAGUUUCAUUCUUAGCAAGAAGAGAAAAAAAGGCUAAGUCACUAGAGAGCUCUCCAACGUCACAGCCUUCACUGCUAGCUCUGUCACCCAAAGUAGCAAACCUUGGUUCACGCAGACCACGAAAAUUAAAAUCAAAAAUUUGGAAUGAGGCAGAGCCAAUCUAUGUUGAUGGAAUGCUUGCACAUGGUCGUUGCAUUUAUUGCAACAAACUCUUUUCUGCCUCAAAAAAGUCAGGUACAAGUCACAUCGGUAAACAUUUGGUGAUAUGUGAAGAAAAAGCUAAAAUGGAUGGUAUGGUUGCCAAGAUACGAACUGAUAGUGCAAUUGAUCCAGAGUGGAAGUUUGACCAAGGGCGUGCACGUAGAGCACUGACAAAGUUGAUUGUGCAACAUGAAUUACCUUUCACUUUUGUUGAAUAUCCUGGCUUUAGAUCCUUUGUUAAGACGUUGAAUCCAUGGUUCAACGUGGUAUGCAGAGAAACAAUUAAACAUGAUUGCAUUGAUGCAUAUGAUAGACACAAAAAAGAAAUUCAAGCACUUUUUAGCAAUCUAAGUUCUCGAGUAUCAUUAAUGGGUGACAUGUGGAUGUCCAAUCAGAAGCUGGGUUAUUUAUGCAUAAUUGCCCACUUUAUUGAUGGCUCAUGGACUCUACAAAACAGAAUAAUCACAUUUUGCCUCUUGGAAACUCCACACAACGCUCAUAACAUGUUUGACAUGGUGCAAAAGAGCUUGAGAGAUUGGAAUAUUGAAGACAAAAUCUUUAGCUUUACCCUGGACAAUGCACCAGUUAAUACCUCGAUGGUUGGCCACUUGAGAAAAAAAUUGGCAGAUAGGUAUCUUGUGCAUCAUAGUGGAAAAUUAUUGCAUGUUAGAUGUGCUGCACAUGUACUGAAUCUAGUGGUGCAAGAUGGGCUCGACGCAAUGGCGUCAGUUGUCGAUAGAAUCAGAGAAUCAGUGCAGUAUGUCAAGAGUUCGCAAGGCAGAAUGGAGAAAUUCAAUGCGAUGAUCGCGCGGGUGGGACUUGCUUGUAAAAACCAUCCUUCCCUAGAUGUGCCUACCCGAUGGAAUUCAACGUACCUAAUGCUUGAAUCAUCAUUGCCGUUCAGAGAAGCGUUCGAAGCCUUGAAAGAAACUGACAAAGAUUAUAAAUCUGAUCCUUCAGCUAGUGAAUGGGAGAUGGCCGAAGCUAUUUGCCAUCUUUUGGGCGCCUUUUACACAGCCACAAAGAAAAUCUCGGGUAGGACGUAUCCCACCUCUCACAUGUACUUCUAUGAGGUCUGGAAUGUGAAGCAGAUAAUGGAGAAAGAAGUUGUAAGUGAAAAUCCUACCAUUGUUGCCAUGGUGAAAGAGAUGGAGGAGAAAUGGAUGAAAUAUUUUGAGUCGUUCUUAACAAGUUGUCUGCCGGUGAUAUUUGAUCCGAGGUACAAAUAUGAAUAUGUUCACUUCCGAUUGACCGCAACUUUUGGUGGUGGCGCUGAGAAAUAUCUUACCAAGGUGAAUAGUGCGAUGAAGAUCCUAUUUGCUGAAUAUGCAUCUGAAUAUGAAAACACUUCUGAUGAAGGUGAUGAGGUUGCAGAGGAGGAUGGUGAGGGCACUCUUGAUGACUGGGAUAAGCAUUUGAGAUUGAAAAGAUCCCACAACUCAAAUGAGCUACAACGAUAUCUUGAAGAAGACCUGUUUCCUUGCCGACAGAAAUUGGAUAUCUUAAAGUGGUGGGAGAUUCACUCCCCAAAGUAUCCAGUGCUUGUGGCUAUAGCACGGGACAUAUUGGCAGUGUUUGCGUCUACAAUGCCUGCAGAGGCUGCAUUCAGCAAUGCUGGAAGGAUCAUCACUGCUCAAAGAAGUAGUUUGACCCCUAGUACUGUUGAGACGCUGAUGUGCCUCGAGGAUUGGUUUCGAGCAGCUGAUCGCCAAAAGGUGGAACCAACAGUUGGAGACCGUGUGGAUGAUCAAGAUGAUGCUGGAACAACCUAGGUAAUUCUGAUACUAGCACGCUGCACUUCAGUACAAUCAUCCUUUGUUGUCCUGGGGGUAAUUUUUUAACUCAUUAGGACAUGGAUGAUUACUGAUCUUUCAUUGUAUUGACGUGAAGUAUUAGUUGAGGUUGCAAUACAUUUGUGCUUUGGACUGGAAGCACAAAGAAACCGUUUAUUCAUGUCUCUUGUACCUUAUAAUUCUCUUGAACCUGUGAGGUUGCUGGACUGUAAAUGCUUUUCUUUCUUAUGGCACUGUAACUAUCUCA